AGAACGGGAACUAACAGAAACUUCUAGAGACCGGAGAAAAAAAAACAAAGAGAGACCCUAAUGCAACCAAGAAAAAAAAAACUAAAAAAAAUAGAAAUGCACAAAAAUCCCCAAAUCUAAUUUCUGAAUGGAAACCCUAACCCUAACCCGAAUCCUUCUGUUCGGAUCUAUAGCUUUCUCCCGCUUUCGGAAUCUCCGUUUCUCCUUUUUCUUCGCCGGAGGCUGAAACCCCCCUUCUUAGACCUUCAAAUUGAACUUUUUUGCUUUUCCUUUCUUUUCUGUUUGUUUUAUAGAUAUAGAUGGGAUAUCUGUUAAUUGUACGGAAAUAGAGAAAUAAGGAUAGGGAUAGAGGUAGAGAAAGAGUGUUUAGAAAGAAAGAGAUGGAGAGUGGGAUAGGAUCAGAUGGAGGAGGAGUCGGGUCGAUCGUAUGGGUACGACGGAGGAACGGUUCAUGGUGGCCGGGGAAGAUACUGGGCCCCGAAGAGUUACCAACUUCUCACCUUAUGUCUCCAAGGACCGGAACUCCGGUCAAACUUCUUGGCAGAGAGGAUGCCAGCGUUGAUUGGUACAAUUUAGAAAAGUCUAAGCGUGUGAAGGCAUUUCGAUGUGGGGAGUUUGAUGAUUGCAUUGAAAGGGCAGAAUCCUCACAAGGUAUGCCACCCAAGAAAAGAGAGAAAUAUGCUCGACGGGAAGAUGCUAUCCUUCAUGCGCUUGAACUUGAGAAGGAGUUGUUGAAAAAACAAGGAAAAUUUGAUAGACCUUCCUAUGCAAAAAGUAAAUCUUCUGGUUCCACCAAAAAGGAUUCUGGAGGUUCAGAUAUUAGUAACGGGAAACCUGGGAAGUCAAAAUCAAAUCAAUCCAGGAGUCAAGAUACUUCCAUCAAGGGUGAGACAGUGAGCAGCCCUGUAAACUUGCAGAAAGACCAAGUUGAAAAUCAACCAAGUUGGAAAAAUAACCCUGCUGAAGUCUUACCCCGGAUGAGAGGAUUGCAGGAUUUGGGGCUCAAAACUGCAUAUGCAAAACAAAAGCUUACAUCUUAUGGUGCUAUGGAUGUUGAUGAGAGUCUAUCUCCUUCCGGCAAGGUUUCUAGCAUGGGAAGGAACAAUCACAUAAAUGGAGGGGAGCAGAGACGAGGUGUUUCCCAGGCAAAGAGGAGCAGAUGCAUGUACUUCCCACCUGAGUCAUUUGAUGCCUUGGAUUAUAAAGAAAUUCCUCCAACUCAGAUUGAGAUGUCACCUUCCCAUUUUGUGGAGUGUGAUUCUUAUCCUUUUCGUAGUCACAUUAUUGAAGAUCGUACUAGGGAGUUCUUGGAAGAUGUUGAAUCUGGUUCUUCUGAAUCAACUUCCUCUGAAUCUGAGCCAGAGUCUGAUUCAUCUGAGACUGAACCAGAUAUGGAUGAAGAUAUCACUUCACACUCAGGUGCUACUGUUUGUAAGGAAGUCCGAUUGGGUGGCUUUCGAAGGCCUGACACCCUAGGAGGUGGAAGCAUGGGCCAGGGAGAAUCUGAUGAGUCAUCUCUUUCUGGUGAGAUGUCUCACUUCUAUUCUCAUGAUCACCUUUCUAUGAAUGAAGCAGUGUCCAAAUGGCAGCUAAAAGGGAAAAGGAACAUGCGAAAUCUGACAAAAAGGUCCAUGGAUGCAGCAGAGAUAAGAGGUUAUGAUGGAUCUACUCAUGGGACAUAUCAUGAAGAAAGGGGAACUUUUAGAAGAAGGCCAUUAGGUCAUAGUUCUCAUUUAAAUCAUGACUUCGACGAUGAUGUUGAUGUGGCUGAUUUGAGUGCAAAAGAUUUUUGUACCCAAAUGGUUGGAUUUGAUGAUAGAAGAUACUUGCGUACACCAAGGGAUACAUUCAGAAGGAGAUAUAGUUUCAACCAUAACAUCAUUGAUUGGGAAGGAAUGCCUUGGGAGAACCAUGCUGCUGUGGAAAGAGAGUGGGAGGAAAGAGUGUGGCACUUUGAUCCGACAUUUGCUGCCCAUUGUAGUUUCCGUGGGAAGAGAAGAUCUAUGUUGAUGGAUGUUGAUUUGAAAGUCCAAGCAAGCUAUCAGAAACCUCCUGUACCUAUUGUUUCAUUGUUAAGCAAGUUGGAUGGAAAGGCCAUUAUAGGGCAUCCCAUUCAAAUUGAAGCUCUAGAAGACAGUUCAACUGACACCCUUCUCCCAACUAAUGGUUAUUUCAGUAAUGGACUAAGUAACCAUGAUGGAAAUACUUCACUUCCGCCUGCAUGGAGGACUGCCAAGAGGACCAAUUUUAGGGUCCCCCGGCCCAACCCGCCAUUUGCAUUGUGUAGUUAUGAAGCAGCUGAAUAUCAAUCCUUGGACCAUGAAGGUGAACCACCUUUCAAGAAGUACAAUACAGGAAGUUCUGAUUAUAAGGCAGGCCUGGUUAAAAAGAGCAUAUCUCAUGGCUCACGCUCUCCAACUGAGAGGAAAUUCCAAAAGAAGUUACCGAAGAAGGUAAGCUUAAUUUCUAGCCAGAAAACAAGAGCUCUGUCUUCAAUUGGUAUAGAACAUAAACUCAGUUUGAAGCCUAUACAUGAUAGCGAUAACCACCAAAUGGAUGGAUUAAUUAGAGCAGAGUCAUCUGGACCUACAACAGUGGCUUGCAUACCUGUCAAACUAGUAUUUAGUAGGUUACUUGAGAAGAUCAAUAGGCCACCUUCAAAAGCAGCUAGUAAAGUGAUUUUCUCCACUAGUGAUGCAGUAAGAGAUCCGUCAUAGAUUACAUUGUACAUUGAUACGAUGAAACAUUAAAUAUUGUUAGCAAAAUAAGCAAUUGCUAAUUUCCUCUUUUUGACAAAAA